AUGGCCGCCACCAUGUUUCAGAUGGUGGGCUUCACCCUGGGCCUGCUGGGGGUGGCGGGAAUCGGUGCUGCCACGGGGAUGGACCAGUGGGCCACGGAGGACCUGUUCAACAGCGCCGUGACGGCCGUGUUCUCGUCUUCAGGCCUGGGGAAGUCCUGUGUUCAGAAGACCUCCGGGUUCACCGAGUGCCGGCCGUACUUCACCGUUCUGGGUCUGCCAGCUGGGCUCCAAGCUGUCCGGGCCUUGAUGAUCGUCGGCGUUAUUCUGGGUCUUAUCGGGGUUCUGAUCUGCAUAUUCGCACUCCAGUGCUUGAAAAUGGGCAACAUGGAAGAAAACCUGAGAGGCUCGAUGUCUCUGACGGCUGGAAUCCUGUUUCUGCUCGCAGGUGUUUGUGGCAUUUCUGGGGUGUCAGCCUUCGCUAACUUGAUUGUGCGAAGUUUUGGCUUCCCAGCAUACGUUGACAAUGGAUACAUGAAUGUUUUUUCGGCUGGUUUGUCUUGCUUUCUCAGAUACACACUGGGUCCCGCCCUCUUUGUGGGAUGGGCCGGUGCUGCUGGCCUGAUGAUCGGGGGUCUCGUGGCCUGCCGAGGGAUGGCUGCUGACAACAAACAACGAGUAUAA